AUGGAUCAACAGUUCGGCCAUGGCAACUUUGAUGAAGAGCCAGGCAGCAUCGAGAGUCACUUAUUCCGCGGUAGCCCGAUGAAGACGGACAGUUGUGAUUCUGAUGUAACAGCAAGAAUUUUGGAGAGCGAUGCUCCACAAGGGGAAGAGGAGAUGUCAGUCAGAGGUGAAAAACUGAUGGGUGGUAACAAGAAACCCUCCAAUAAGCCUUGUGUCUCACAAACUUGUGGGAGAUCUUUUAGCAUUGACGAUAUAUUAAAAUCUCCAUGUAACAAUAAGCGGCGUAUGUCUGAUGUGGCCGAAGUGACUUCCUCUUCCGAAGCCUCACCUGUUUCACCCAACUCCCCAGCUUAUCUUAGUUCGCCCCAUGGGCCAGGCUGGCCUUACCCACAGUAUUCACCCACGGGCUAUCCAGCCUGGCUUUUACCAUCAGCUCUUCCAACGAUGACAAGACUAUCGACCCCACCCAAACUUGCAGUCAGUCCACAGAAGGUAACUCUGCGGAAGCACAAAACGAACAGAAAACCCCGAACACCUUUUACAACCCAACAACUUCUCGCCUUGGAGAGAAAGUUCCGGUUGAAACAGUAUUUGUCCAUAGCGGAGAGAGCGGAGUUUUCCUCGUCAUUAAACCUCACGGAGACACAGGUGAAGAUUUGGUUCCAAAACCGACGGGCAAAAGCCAAACGAUUACAGGAGGCUGAGUUAGAGAAACUAAAGAUGGCAACGCGACCCCUCCUCUCUUCCCCGCUUGGCAUGGGCCUCCCGUUCCAGGGCGCUAUGUUCGGCAGGCCCACCCUUCUAUCGCCUGGACUACUCUCCUCGUACGGCUAUUAUCAUCAGCCGGCCUGUCCCUCUCCGUCAAGAUUGUACCUCCCCAGCUAG